GCUCGAGAAAGUAUUCAGUGUUUUUGCACUGGCACAAGUGCUGGUCUUCAGUUCGUUGAUCUGCCUCGAUGGAUAUCAAGUACUUAUGGCAGAUGUACCGAUGUCAACUCGCAUGAUAUUCAUAUUUCACACACUGGGAUGCACAGCACAGCUGUUCAUGUUUACUUACAGCUGUGAUUGUAUAAUGAAAGACAGUGGGAAUGUUGCUACAGCAAUGUACGCGACUACAUGGUCCUACCUGCCGAUGGACAAUAACGGAAGAGCGUUACGAAAAGACUUGAUACUUGCGAUUUUGUAUUCCGGAGUACCUUGCUGCCUGACAGCCCAUAAAUUCUUCCCUGUAUCUCUAGAAACGUACACUGGGGUAAUGAGUACCGCAGUGUCAUACUUCACACUAUUGAAGCAGCGAACCUCAGAAACGACCUAAGUGUGUCCACGUGUUAUCCAAUCCGUACAUGCAUAGAUUUCUGAUUAAAAUAAUGUGAAUUAUUUACAUUUGUUACAUACAUGAAUAAAAGAAUAUU